AUGACGACAUCUCUUUCUCCUCCUUCGUGCCAUUAUUUCCACGCCAUCUUAACGCAAGCUUUUAUUUCUUUCCGCAUUUUCUACUUCCUUCUGAGAGUCCUCCAUUUUUCAUCAAUCACAUCUUCUUUUCUUUCUUCUUUAUCAUCUUUUCUUCUUUCAUUUUCUUCUCUUUGUUCUUCUUUUUUUUAUACUUUGUGUUUUUAUUUUCUUUUUUCCAUCCAUUCUCCAUUUCUUUUGUACUGCGUUCUUCUUUCGCUUUUUUACUUUCUUCUUUUUAAUUCUUUCUUUAUGCUUCUUUUCUCAAUUUCAUUUUUUCUUUUCUCCUUCUCUUUCUCCUUUUCUUCUUUUCAUUCUUUUACGUCCAGUCUCCUUUCCUUUCUCUUUUCUUCCUUUUCUUCCUUUCUUCUUCAUCCUUUCUUUCGGCAUAUGCUUAGUUCUUUUCUUUAUCUGUUGCAUCUUUUUCUUCCUACUUUUAUUCUUUUGCUUCUUUUCUUUUUUUCUUUUUCGUCAUCUCUUUUUGCUUCUUGUCUUGUUUUUCAUUUUUUUUCUUUUUUUGCAUUAUUUCUUCUUUUAGUUUUUUCUUUUAUCUCUUCUACCCUUUCUUUUCUUGAUCUCUUUCCUCUCUCCUUUUCUUUCUGUUUUUCUUCUUAUUUCAUUCUUUUUUUAUUUUUUAUUCUUUACUUAUUUUCUUUCCAUGUCUUCUUUUUCUCCUUUCUAUUGAUUCUUUCUUCUUUUUUGUAUUUCUUACAUCUUUUCCACACAUUUUCCUUUUCUUUUCUUCCUCUGUCCUUUUUCUUCAUUUCAUUUCUUCCUUCGUUUUCUUUUUCUUUCUUUCUUUCUUUCUUUCUUUCCUUAUAUCCAUUAUUUCUUCUUUUUUCUCUUUACUUUAUUCAUAUUCUUCUUUUAUUUCAUUUUUUUUCUUACCGCAUUUUCUCUCACAGUAAUUAA